AUGAUUUCUCCACAAUACUCUACAGCACAGUAAGAUACUUUCAAUGUUUUUAGGCCAAGCACAUAUUCAGAAAACAAAUCCUUCUCUCGUCGAUUCGUUACUUCGAACAAGUGUCCUGUUUCAAGUUCAUCGAACGGUCCACUCAAAACGACUACAUUUUCAUAGUGCCUCUGGAUGGAUGUUAUUCCUACGUGGGAAAGAUCGGAGGAAGACAAACAGUAUCACUGGCAGCUGAUUGCAUUGCCAAUUAUAUUAUUUGGCACGAACUAAUGCAUGCCAUUGGAUUUGAGCAUGAACAUCAGAGACCCGACAGAGAUUCGUUUAUUAGGGUCGAUUAUUCGAAUGUCAUUCCGGGACAACUGAGUGAGCAUUUUAAUUUUUAAGAAAAAAAAACAGUAUUUUUGGUUUUAAACAUAAAGUAAAAAUUUGCAGUAAACUUUGACAAGCUGCAAGCGUCGUUGGUCGAUUUCCCGGAUACCUACGAUUACAAAUCCAUCAUGCACUACGACGGAUACGCAUUCGGACGAGUGGACAACGCGCGCCGCGUCCGUCUCGCCACAAUGACGCCUCUGAAGGCGGGAGUCCGUUUGGACGACAAUAUGAAGUUCACGGCGACAGACAUUGAAAAACUGAACCGACUGGGUCAAUGUGGAAAUGUGAAUGGGAACGGUCAGUACAGUAAUCAAGGAAUUGUGGCGACCGAGUGCAAGGAUGUGGCGUCGAACUGUGAAGGGAACAGAAGACGUGGAAUGUGCAAGAAUCCAUUUUACAAACAGAUGAUGAUCAAAUCUUGCCAGAAAACUUGCAGACUUUGUGCCUACACAAGAAUGAUCGAUGAGGAUGUAAGUUUUUCAAAACCUUUAACAAAGAGUUGUUGUUUCUCAGGAUCUCAAUCCCUCAACUACGACCUCUAAACCUGAAACGUGUGAGGACAAACAUCCACGUUGCAAUAUUUAUUCUGAAAACGGUUUUUGUACAUUAGCAUUCUAUGACAACGUCCGGGAGAAACUGUGUGCCAAAACGUGUAAUUUGUGUUAG